AGAUGGCUCUUGGAGCGCAGCGAAUAUGAAGUAAUCGAAAAUGGCGACCAAGAAGAGCAAAAGUGCAGUGAUGUGUUGACAAAUAAUUAACCGUUCUUGAAAAUGUCCAGCACACCUGCAAACCGUAGAAACGGUGCGCAGAAAAUAAGGUUAACCAUCCUUUGUGCCCGGAACCUAGUUAGGAAGGAUCUGUUUCGACUGCCGGAUCCCUUCGCGAAAAUAUCGGUGGAUGGCAGCGGUCAAUGCCAUUCAACUGAGACCGUUAAGAACACGACGGAUCCCAAAUGGAACUCCCACUACGACUUAUAUAUUGGCAAAAAUGAUAAUGUGACGAUUUCGAUUUGGAACCAUAGGAAAAUACACAAGAAGCAAGGAAGCGGGUUUUUAGGCUGUGUUCGUAUCGUAAAUUCCCUGAUUCAAAGGCUUAAAGAUACGGGAUAUCAACGUUUGGAUCUGUGUAAAGCAUCCCAAGAUGAUAGUGAGCCGGUUAAGGGACAGAUUAUAAUUUCGUUGCUUUCACGCGACGGACCAUGCGGCGGUACGCCGUUGGCAGUAGUGGGUCCGUUAGGCGAACUCAGAGGGCCGGCGAGUCGGGAAUUGUCGCCGCAAGAAGACGAGCUGCCGCCAGGCUGGGAAGAGCGGCGCACGCCCAACGGUCGUUUGUACUAUGUGAACCACAUAACUUUAACGACUCAGUGGUUGAAACCGCACGUUUCCGCGAAGAAUCGUGCGACACCUCGUAGCAAUAAUAAUAAUAUAAAUAAUACAAAUUUAAGCAAUAAUAAUAGUGUCGAUAAUAAUAGCGUUAAUAAUAAUACGGACGAGGUGCAAUCGCCGAUAAGGCCGAGUUGUAGUACGUCGCCCGUAACCAAUGGUGCAAAUAUUGAAAAGGAUCAGACGAGUCCGCUGCGUACCGGAUCCUCCUCGCCCAGUGACGGUUUCUCUCAACCGUUAAAUUUUCUAUCUGGUACGGUCGUUCCGGCACCUAACAACAUUAGUUGUAACGUCCCUAAUUUGUCCAAUUCAGAGAAUACGAAUGGACGGUCGAAGGAUCGGAGACAACGCAGUUUGGAGGAAAGACGCGGCGGCGACAGCGGAGGUCGACGUCGAUCCGCACGCAAUCGCGCAUCGUUAAAUGGCGUCCAAAUUGCGGCGCUUCAAGGACAGCUAGUCGGUGAUCCAAAUAAAUUAGAUUUGCCCGUCGGUUACGAGUUGCGGACGACACAGCAGGGCCAAGUGUAUUUUUAUCAUAUUCCGACUGGUGUGUCAACAUGGCACGAUCCACGAAUACCCAAAGAUUUGGCGUCGCGGGGAUUUGCUCUGGAUCAGUUGGGACAGUUACCUACCGGUUGGGAAAUGAGGCAGACAUCAUCAGGAAGAGUAUAUUUUGUAGACCACAACAACAGAACGACCCAAUUUACAGACCCGCGAUUAAAUGCGCAAAUACUAAGCAGCAUAUUACAAAGACAGACGGCCCCGCCCGUUGUUACCACCGCUACAACUUCAACUCCAACCCCAACAACUAGUCAAAGUACUCCUAGCACCAGCAGCAGUAGCAGCACACCACCAGCCACUUCCACAACCAACUCAGUCACUACACAGCCCACGCCCGCCGCCGUUCCUUCAACAUCGCGAACGCGUCCGGACAACAGCGACUUACCGCAAGGGUUACUGAACGACAGCGAACUGUUGCCGAAGUAUAGGCGCGAUCUGGUCGGCAAACUCCGCGCUUUGCGUGCGGAAUUGAACGCCUUACAACCGCAAAGCGGCCACUGUCGUUUGGAGGUGUCGCGCGCUGAAGUUUUCGAAGAGAGUUAUAGACUAAUAAUGAAAAUGAGGGCGAAGGACAUGCGAAAACGACUCAUGGUAAAGUUCCGCGGCGAAGAGGGUCUAGAUUACGGCGGCGUCGCGCGGGAGUGGUUGCAUCUACUGUCCAGGGAGAUGCUAAAUCCCCAGUACGGGUUAUUUCAGUACAGCCGAGAGGAUCACUACACGUUGCAAAUUAAUCCGGACUCUUCAGUCAACCCUGAGCACCUGUCUUAUUUCCAUUUUGUAGGGCGCGUGCUCGGCAUUGCGGUGUUUCACAAUCACCAAUUGGAAGGCGGCUUUACGACACCGUUCUAUAAGCAGUUAUUAAAUAAGCCGAUAACGUUGCAAGAUAUAGAGGGUGUCGAUCCCGAGCUGCACAGAAGCUUGACCUGGAUGCUGGAGAAUAACAUUACUGGGGUGUUCGAUACAACAUUUUCCGUCGAGAACAACAGCUUCGGCGUGAUUAAGGUUCACGAGUUGAAGCCGAACGGUGCUAGCAUAGCGGUGACCGAGGAGAACAAGCGCGAAUACGUCAAGCUGUACGUUAACUAUCGAUUUAUGCGCGGAAUCGAGCAGCAGUUCCUCGCGCUUCAGAAGGGUUUCAUCGAACUCAUUCCGAGCGCGUUGCUGCGGCCGUUCGACGAACGCGAGCUCGAGCUGGUGAUUAGCGGCAUCGGUUCCAUCGACAUCGCCGACUGGCGCUCGAACACCCGCCUAAAGCAUUGUACGCCGGAAACUCCGGUCGUCCAAUGGUUUUGGCAGGUGGUCGACUCGUAUUCCGAAGAGAUGCGCGCCAGGCUGUUGCAGUUCGUGACGGGCUCGUCACGCGUGCCGCUUCAGGGGUUUAAGGCGCUCCAAGGUAGUACAGGUGCAGCUGGACCACGACUUUUCACAAUACAUUGUGUCGACGUGUCACCACAAAAUUUACCUAAGGCACACACGUGCUUUAACCGGAUAGAUAUUCCGCCUUACGAUACAUAUCAAGUGCUUUGUGAUAAACUGACGCAGGCUGUUGAGGAAACGUGUGGUUUUGCUGUCGAAUGAUAAAAUAUUUUUGGGUUUUGGUUGGGGGUUUAAAACAUUAUUUUUAUUGACAAGAUUUAUUUGCAUACGUAUCAUCCCUUCACAUUCCUCAAGGUAGACAAGAAAAAGUUAUUUUAAGUUUGCAAUACUGUAAUAUAGAAACAAUUGAAGAAAGUUAGGUUAGGACAAAGGUCAAUAACGUAAUAUAAUAAUCAUAAAGUUGGCUUUGCUCAAUGUUUUCAUAUAAUUUCAUAAACCAAUGAGAAUUUACCUCCAAGCAUCUACCUUGAGGAGCGUCACAAACGGUUUAGCAAUACAGGUAUCACGCAUCCAUUUUAUGUUUUAAUUAAAAAUCUACUAAUAUUUUUAGAGUUCUAACAAUAAUUGUGAAACCUGUAGUGCCAAUUAGCAUUUUAUUUAUGAAAUUUUAAAAAAACCUAUUUCAGUAUUUUAUGCCCCUACAAAAAAAUUCUUUAUCAAAUACAAGUGUUCUUAUUUCAUACUCAUCUCCCUUGGUUUCGUGUGGAUUUUUGUAUAUAAAUAGUUGAUUAUAUUCUUAUACGUGUAAAUUUUAUUCAACAUACUUAGUUUAUUAAUUAUAGUAUUUUAUAUUA